GGAACAUGAAUGGCACGCUUGCGAAGAAACAAGGACAACAAAAUCAAAGCAAAUGGCUGUGUAGAAAGAAUUUGGUGAGGAGACACAAUUUUAAUCCUUUUCUGAAAAAUUGCAGCGUGACAUGAUAGACAUCUUCGUCUAAUUCAUUCUUUUGGCACUAGAAUGCUGUUUUCUAAAUGGAUCAAGAACGCACAUUGCUGAUUGUUGCUGUUGGUGUAGCAGUUGCUGUAGGAUGUUUUGUACUGUGGGGUCCCAGUACUUUUCGAUCAAAAAGAAAAAAGGGGCACGUUGUUGGUUUGUUAAACCUUGGUCAUACAUGUUUUUUGAACACUCUUCUUCAAGCAUUAGCAUCAUGUCCAAAUGUAAUGGAUUGGCUGAUGCAACAUAAAGACAAUAAGGAUGGUAGUCUUGUGUCGGCUCUGCAGAAAGUUCUUCAUGUGUUAAAUGGUGAACAUGAUUCGGAGAUUUGCGACCCGUAUGCUCCUACUGAGGUAAUUUCAGCCCUAGUUAGACACAACUGGGUAAUUUCUCCAGGAGAGCAAGAUGCUCAUGAAUUGAUUCAUGUGAUCCUAGAAACAUUAGAAGACGAAAUGACAUCUUCAUCAGCAAAGAAUGGUAGUUUGUCGGAUAUUCUCUUGCCUGAAACAGGUGCACAGGGGGAUGAUGUGAAAGGUCCAUGUAUAGUCAGUAAAAGUGUUCAAAAUGGAGAUGUAAAAUGUGAUGGAGAUCAGCAUUUAUCCUCUCCAAUAUCUCGGUAUCGUCCAAUCAGGCGCAUACGUAUGCAAGAAAAUGAUAUCACCUCUUCCUUGCCACAGUCGGUGGAUAAUUUACCCAUCCAGACACAACAAAAUCCUUCCCCCUUUCGAGGCACCUUAACUAGUCAGCUAAAAUGCACAGAAUGUGGAUUCAAGUCUGCUCUUAGAUUUGACAAAUUUGAUACUUUGUCUCUUCCUCUUCCAACACCUGCAAAAAGGCAGCAUACAUUGCAAACGCUGUUAAAUAACUUUGUGAGCACUGAAAUUGUAAAAGAUGUGUCAUGUAGUAAUUGCAGUAAAGAGCAGGAGAAACCUGUUUUAACCACUGCUAUGAAAACAUUAAAUUUUGGGAAGCUUCCCAAAUGCUUAUGUUUCCAUAUAGUUCGUACCACUUGGAAUGCAGAUGGUUCCCCAUGGAAAAGAGAAGACUUUGUAGACUUCCCUGAGUUCCUAAUCAUGGACAAUUAUACCCACAGUCAGGUUCAACGUAAUGCUAGGAAAAAGAUGAAAAACUUAGAAAAUGGAGAUAAUUUUAAGGAGAUUUUAAGAGAAACAGAAGUCAAUGGUAAUAUUAGCUCUACAACAUCACAAAAGCAGGCAGAAUCUCCAUCCCCAUCAAAUGCAAAACACAUGUAUAGACUAAAAGCUGUGGUUGUGCAUACUGGCGAUAUCAACUCAGGACACUUUAUAACUUAUCGCAAGGGACCUAUCAAAUCACUCAUCAGGCAUAGGCUGUUGAAUGUGGAGUCGAAAGUGGAACAUCCUGAAAGCAGAGAGAGUGCAAGGUGGUUCUACACAUCAGACAUGCUUGUGAGACGGGCAACCCUCUGUGAUGCUUUGCUCUCCAACGCAUACAUGCUGUUUUAUGAAAAACAUGUUAUCCCUGUUAUUUGAUGUACUGCUUUUCUGUUGCCCCUUAUGUGAAUUACGAGUGACUAGUUAUUGAGAACAACUUUUGAGUCAUUCCAGUCUAUUGUGUGUUCCUAUUGUUCAAUAAUUGUUGUCAAAUUUUCUAAAAUCAGAGCUUCCAAUGCGACAUGGUUUUCGUAAUUAUAUUAUAUAUUGUGAGUAA